CUCGCAUGUCUUUCACAGUAAUUCAGCUAUUUACACGCAACAAUGUUUCUCCGAUGUCUUGGCAUGUUGUGCAUCCCGACUUUUUUUAUAUCUUCGAGCACAUUCUGUUCUCCGUGAUCUAUGGUCGGUAGCGGCGUAUAAUUUCCUCUAUGACUUGUUGAAGCAUAUAUGCAUAUUCGUUCUUGGCUUUGAUCUAGCAAAUUCGCAUCCGCCGGAGCUCUCGAGAGUUCUACACAGCAUACAAGCAUACGCAAGCUGUCCGAACAAUUGUUCGACAGAUCAAUAUCAAGCCUCGUUUGCACUCUUGCACGGCCAAUGGAAGUUUUCAGAAAUUUCCAACUCGAUUCAAUAUGAGCACACCACCCUCCGACCCAGCCAAGCCCUCCCCGGCCGCGAAACCCAAAAUCGCCUACGAAACCACACCCAUAACAUCGACACGAUCGCUCAAACAACUCUCCAUCUUCUUCUUCGGCGCCGCCUGCCUCGUAGCAUCGACCGCGAUAACGCGGCGCGCGGUGCACCGCCGCCAGCUCCGCAAGCUCCCCAAGUUCUACGAGCCCAACACGAACCCGCACGAGCACUUCAGCCCGGCGUCGGACGCGCUGCAGGCGCUCAACCUCGCGACCAUGAACUGCGUCAGCUUCGGCAUCAUGAGCGCGGGCGGCGCGCUCUGGGCGUUCGACCUUUCCGGCCUGAAGGAGAUGCGGGCGGCGCUGAGGGGCCGCCUGGGCUACGAGCAGAUAUUCAGGUCUGAGGAGGAUAACCCCGCGGCGGCGGGCGUGUCGGCGGAGGAGAUGGAGGCGUGGAGGAAGGCGGAGGGGGAUGGGAAACAUCGGUUUGGGUCGGAUUCGCUGAGGAGGGAUUGAGGGUGAGGGGAGUGAGGGGGAGGGCUGGAUGAACGAAUUGAUCAUGAUAUAUGUAUAUUAUUAUAUGAGUAUUGUAUAACAAAAGGACAAGGAUAUGUAAAACGCUAUCAUUAGUUAUGGCAAUGGCGUAACGAUUCCAUACCCGCCAUCACGAUAUCUGGCGGAGAUAUAGAUAUGUAAAAACAUUAGGUAGCAACACGCGCAACGAAACCUCCGCAAAUCGCAUCAUCAAUCGACUGAACUUCAGUUCAACAACAGCUCUUCUUCCCCGUUC